AUGGCUGACUCAGUGCACGGGCGGGCGGUGAAGGCGGUGCAGCGGUGGCCUGCAGUGGACGCGCGACAACAAUCAGCUGCCGGCAACAACAAAACCAAUGAGCUUCUUUACCCUUGCCUCCUCACUCUCUUCCUAUCUCGAUCUAUCUCGCUGCCCUUCUCGUUUGUCUUUGAGCUUCCUUACUCUUGCCUCCUCACUCUCUCUCGAUCUGUCACCGACGCUCUUGACAGAGGCGGCACCGACACCUUCUCUGGUUUGGAUGCGGUCCCUAAGCGCGGCGGAUGGAAGAAGAGGAGCGAGAGAGGUGGGAUGACGCACGGCCGGCAGCCACUGGCAUGUGGCUGCCUCCUACCCGCCCUGCUGACCACCCGCUUGCUGGCGGCACGCGAGGCGAGGCGGAUGGAGCAAGGAUGGAGCGAGCGAAGCUCGUUGUUCCCUUGCGUGUUCUCCCACCUGCACCCUUGGGGUGAGGUGGAGGUGCGAGAAGGAGAGGCGGAUAAGCUGAAGGAGGGGGUACUUGGAGGAAGAGGCUGUCCAACGCCUGCCAUGAGAAGGGAGUAUGGGUCCGAGGGAGUGCAGUGUGGUGCCAUCAGCAAUGCCUGCCAUGAGAAGGGGGGUGCAGCAUGGGGGAGUGGAGAGCUGCUGAGGGCGGCUGCAGAGCGGGAGGCGCGACAGCAGCAGCUACACGGGAGGGAAGAGGGAGGCGGGGCGCAGCAUGGCGGAGUGGAGAGCUGGUCGGGGCGGCUGCAGAGCGGGAGGCGCGGCAGCAGCAGCUACACGGGAGGGAAGAGGGAGGCGGGUUGGGGUGCGGAGGAGGAGGGAGCAGCAGCACCAGCAGCGCCUUCUUUCAGAAGGGAGCAUGGGGCUGAGGGAGGGGAACAUUUUCCGCUGUUUUUUCGCUUGCUUUUCAUUUCCUUGUCGCAUGGCGCAGCAUGGCGGAGUGGAGAGCUGGUCGGGGCGGCUGCAGAGCGGGAGGCGCGGCAGCAGCAGCUACACGGGAGGGAAGAGGGAGGCGGGUUGGGGUGCGGAGGAGGAGGGAGCAGCAGCACCAGCAGCGCCUUCUUUCAGAAGGGAGGUGCAGCAUGGAGGAGUGAAGAGUUGGUGGGGGCGGCUGCAGCGCGGGAGGCGCGGCAGCAGCAGCUACACUUGAGGGAGGAGGAGGGAGCAGCAGCACCAGCAGCCUUCUUUCAGAAAGGAGUUUGGGGCUCAGGGAGGGAAACAUUCUCCGCUCUGGUCCUAAGCGGUGGUUCCCACCUCACCGUGGUGCUUGGGUAUAACGUCAGGAGCUCUGCUCCUGGCGGCCAAGAGGAACCCCCCAUGCACACCUACAGUGCACGGAUCCCUCCCCGUCACUCCCUUUCUUUCCACUACCCUCCCCCGUCUCACCUCACGUCCCCAUUCUCCCUUUCCACCCUCGUCUCCUCUCGUCAACCCAUCUCCUCCCAUCCCACACCCCCCAUUCUAAAAGACGCUGAGAGGGCCCCAUGGUGGAGCAAGCUGGUGGGUGUGGAGCAGUGGAGAGCGGUGCUGCACGAUGCGUCCUUCAAGUACUGUCUGCUCCGCCUUGACUCGCCAAUCUUCAACGCGCCGCCUGCCGAACCUCUUGCCGACCCUGUCACCGAGCCUGCCGCCCUGCCGUUCACAGCCACGGGCAAGCUCACCUACUCGCACGGCAUGCACCUCAAAUACGCCGUCAACGUCAGCAUGGGGGACCAUGUUUUACUGACGUCAGCAUGGGCGACCAUGCUUCACAACCUCGACGCUCACAUGCAUGCCCAGAUCGACUGUCUCCUCGCAUCCUCCCACCCACCCAAUCCCUCCGCACUGCUCCCCACCCCUCCGCCCUUCCCCUCAUCCCUCCUCGCCACCACCACUGCCUUCUGGGCUGGAGCCCUCGACCCCUCGGACCCCUCCCCCUCCUCCUCCCUCUCCUUCUUCUCCUCCUCUUCCUCCUCUUCCACCUCUUCCUCUGCUGCUCAUCCCACCUCUCCUCGCUUCCCCCCCAGUGCGGCGGCAGCAGCGGAAGCGGCAGUGGCAAUGACGGGGGGACCGGGGGAAUGCUUUCCAAAGCUGAGGGCGAUGGCGCAGGUGCUGCUGCUGCCUAAGGACUUGUUGGCUGACCAGGAAAGAGAACUCCGUCAGGAAGCCGAUAAGGAACUCCAAGCCGCCUGUUUGAACUACUGCAAGGGAGCACAGGACGUUCUGAUUUCAAUGAAGAAGAAAGCUGCUGAGCAGGCACGCAAUGAUACUGCUGCUGUUUACCAGCGUCUUCAGGAUCAGAUCGCGAACUACAUCAACCUUGCUAAGAAGACUGACAUCGGCACCAAAAACUCGAAGCUGACUGACAACCUUACUUUUUUUAAGGAUCGCGUGAUUUCUGAGUUUAAGGACGCUAUGUCGGUUUUUGUGAUGGAGACUAACCUUUCGGAAAUUCAUGUGAAGGAGCAGAAGAAGGAGAUUGAUGAGAAAAAGGCUGCUGCUGCUGAGGAAGCCGAGAAUCUGCCUGUUGAUCCCUCCGUUCGUGAGAUCGCCAAACAGGAGGUUGCGAAGGCUGUUGCUAAGCUCAAGUCUACUCCUCCUCCUCAUCACCGCCGUGCCGCUGCUAACAACGCUGCUAACAACAAUGACAAGAAGAAGAACAUGAAGCAGAAACAGGUGAAGCAGACGAAGCAGAAGAAGACUUUCCCGGUUAAGAAUAACCGGAAGCCUUUUGCCGUCAAUGCUGCUAAGAAGCCGAACACCGCUGCUGCUAAGAAACCGACCAAUGGGAAGAAGCGCAAGAAUGGGUCUACUAACCAUUCUGGUCGCGCUUUCACGAAGGCUGCAGGACGCAGCGUGAAUCACCCGACGAAGAAGACCUCUCCGGCAAAAAACGGGGGAGGUUCCGGCCGCGGCGGAACUGCUCGACAGUAA